AAAAAAAAAAAAAAAAAAAACCCCCCAUUGAUUAUGACUACAAGCCCCCAAGCAAGCAAAAACACUGAAAAAAAGAGAAUCCUUUUUUCCUUUUUUUAUUUUAACGACCCUACCGUACUCUUGUCAUCGUUUCAUGUUCUGAGGUUGUUCAUAUUGUCACCUUUUUCUCCUCUUUUUCUUUUUCUUUUUCACGACUGCAUUCUUCUGGAUCCCUUCUUAUGUAUUUUUCCUCUUUUUCCUUUUCUUGUGAUGAUAUAUCUCCUCCACUUCCAACUUUUCCAUAUUUAACUUUUUCAUUUUAGACUAGAUUGUAAAGCAUUUUCACAUAAAAAAAAACGAU